ACUUAUGCAAUAAUAAAUAUGGUGGUAAGUUCAAAAAUUUUCUUCUUUACAUAACUAAAAAAGAAAAGAUGGAAGACGACGAACUUCAAGCUAUUAGAGCCAGACGUUUAGCAGAAUUACAAGCACAGAGCGGUGGUAUGAGUCAACAGAGUGCAGGAUUUGGCGUUGGAAUGGGCUCUUCAUCUGGAGGAUCUAAAGAGGAUGCUGAAAAGAAAGGACAAAUGGAAGAAAUGCGACGAAACAUGUUGUACCAAAUCUUGGAUAAUUCUGCUAGAGAAAGAUUGGCACGUAUUCAGAUGGUAAAAGCAGAUAAAGCUCGCGCUGUUGAAGAUUUAUUGAUUAGAAUGGCACAAACAAAUCAAUUAAGAAGCAAAGUUACUGAAAAGCAACUAAUUGAUCUUUUAAGUCAAAUUAGUCAGCAGGACUCGAAUUCAACACAAACACGUAUUGUUUAUAACCGCAGACAAUAUGAUGAUUCAGAUGAUGAUUACGAUUUAUAAAGAAAAGUAGAAUUUAUAAAUAAAAUUUAUACUAGUUUAAGAGAUUAAGAAAUAAAAACUGGGUAUGAUGAACUGUAUAAAGUUGAAGAAAAAGGAUACUAGUAGUAUGAAUUGGCAUAUAUAUUAAAGCAGUCAUUAUAAAUAAUGUUGAGCAAGUAACAAAAAAAAAACAUUACGAUUGAAGAAUGAUUUUAUUUAAAAAAUUAAAAAAUGACUAAUGAGUACAUAGCAUUUAUAUGCUGUUUUGCCCUGGUC